AUGAAACUCAGCGCACAAAAAGUCCGCAUAGGAAUACAAUGGGAGUCCACGGUCUCUGGGAGCUACUCCCCCCCGUCAGUCGCCGCGUCUCCGUCGAAACCCUUGCCGAAAAAACUCUCGCCGUUGAUAAUCCUCAAACCCUAUUACUUUUGUUCUCUCUCUCCCCCCGCAUCAACUAAGCGAUCUUCUUCCUUUAUUUCCCCUAAUUGCAGAUGCGAGCAUAUGGAUGGUGCAGUUUAUGAAAGCCAUGCGCGACGAGAAGGGCGAAAUGUUUCAGAACGCCCAUUUGCUGGGCUUCUUCCGUUGCAUUUGCAAGCUUAUGUUCCUCCGCACCAAGCUGGUCUUUGUCUUCGACGGUGGAACCCCUGCCCUCAAGCGUCGCACUGUCGUCGCCCUCCACCGCCAGCACGAAAACGCCUAAGCUAA